GAAUUUUUUGUUUUUUUUCAGUUUGUUUAUUUUUUCGUUUGAUAAUUGCGGUUUUUUAUUUUGUUCUAAAAUAAAAUGAGUUUUCUUAAACCAAAAGAUACAAUCGACGAGGGUGAUACGGUCAUUUUAUAUUUAAGUGUUAAUUCUAUGCAUGUCAUUGAAGCAACUCCCACUAUUGUAAAUAAAAAGGGUGAAACCAUCGAACACAUUUUUCAAACAUCUUUUGGCGCUUUAAAAGUGAAAAAUAUAAUUGGCGUCAAAUAUGGUAGCCGCGUUGAAUUAUCCAAGGGUUGGGCAUAUGUCCUACAACCAAAUCCCGAAUUAUGGACACAAACAUUGCCACAUAGGACACAAAUUAUCUAUACUCCUGAUAUUAGUAUGAUUUUGCACCAGCUUGAAGUGAGGCCCGGUUCAGUGGUAAUCGAGUCUGGUACGGGGUCUGGUUCGCUGUCACAUUACUUUUUGAGAGCCGUUAAGCCUCAUGGUCAUCUGCAUACUUUUGAUUUUCAUGAGGCUCGUGCCAAUCAGGCCAGAGAAGAGUUUCAACAUCACGGUUUGGGUGAUUUCGUUACUGUCUACCAUCGGGAUGUGUGUCAGAAUGGUUUUGGCGAAGAACUGAACGGUAAAGCUGAUGCAGUAUUUUUAGAUUUACCAGCUCCUCAACAGGCAGUCGAACAUGCGGUUAAGGCUUUAAAGAGUAGUGGUGGUCGUUUCUGUUCAUUUUCUCCGUGCAUUGAACAAUCACAACGUUGUUGUAUUGCCUUACAGGAACAAGGUUUUACGGAAAUACAAUCCUUUGAAGUAUUACAGCAAGAAGAUGUAGUCAAAACCAAAACAUUUCCGGUGAUGAAUUUGGAGUUUCUUAAACACAAGAAACCAGAAGAACAAGAUACCACCAGCGAUAAAGAUAUUUCAAAUCUUAUGAAACAACCCAAGGAAACAUUGAAGGUAUUGACAUCAUCAGCACCACCCACACAACCGGGUCAUACAGGAUUUUUAACAUUUGCUACCCUACCGCCUGCAUUUGCUAGAUAAUUUUAGUACAACUAAUCACAAGAUAAUAAAAACAAAACAAAAUCAA